UCUCCACUGCUCAUACGUAGGAUCCCAGAGCAAGUGUGCCGGCCGGAGAGGAGACAUGGCGGACUGGGCCCCGGUGUUCAUCGCGCUGGUGCUCUUCGUGCUCCUCUCGCCGGGGCUGCUCUUCCAGGUCCCCGGCAAGAACAGGUUCCUGGAGUUCGGUAACAAGCAGACCAGCGGCGUCUCCGUGCUCUUCCACGCCGUCAUCUACUUCGCCCUCAUCUCCAUCUUCACCCUCGCCGUCCGCGUCCACGUCAUCCUUGGUUGACCAGCAUGGCAGACGCCGGCCGGAAACUAUAGCUUCAAUUUUCAUGUACACUACUACUACUUGUGAUGAUCCGCUGUGUGCGAUCUUUGAUGUCUCUUAACACGAGGUUUACUAGCAACUAGAGGAACAGGCGUGGCCCGGUCAUAGCUUUGUUUGGCCUUUUCUUGUUGUGCAGCGGUAUGUUGUCAAAUGCAAGAAGCAUCCUUGCUUGUAA